AUGACCCAGGGGAAGCUCUCUGUGAACAACAAACCCCCCAGCUCUGAGGGGCAGGGGGACAAGAAGGACAAUGCCACAGCCCCCCCGGCUCCCCCGUCCUACGAGGAGGCGACAGCGGGAGAAGGGAUGAAAUCCGGGGCUUUUCCUGCCCCGCCCGCGGCCCCGCUCCACCCCAGCUGGGCUUACGUGGAUCCCAGCAGCAGCCCGAGCUACGGCAGCGGGGGGUACCCGGGGGACACGGAGCUGCUCACCACCUUCAGCUGGGACGACCGCAACGUGCGCAGGGUGUUCAUCAGGAAGGUUUACGCCAUCCUCAUGGUCCAGCUCCUGGUCACCGUUGUCAUCGUGGCUUUCUUCACCUUCUGUGAACCAGUCAAGGGCUACAUCCAGACCCACUCUGCCUGGUACUGGGCUUCCUACGCCGUUUUCUUCGUCACCUACCUGAUCCUCGCCUGCUGCUCCGGGCCCAGGAGAUACUUCCCAUGGAAUCUGAUCCUGCUCAGCAUCUUUACCCUGUCCAUGGCCUAUCUCACUGCCAUGCUCUCCAGUUACUACAACACCAAGUCGGUGCUGCUGUGCCUGGGGAUCACGGCCCUGGUCUGUCUGUCUGUCACCAUCUUCAGCUUCCAGAGCAAGUUUGACUUCACCUCGUACCAGGGCGUUCUCUUCGUGCUGCUCAUGGUGCUGUUCCUGGGGGGGCUGGUCCUGGCUGUCAUCCUGCCCUACCAAUACGUCCCGUGGCUCCACGCGAUCUACGCUCUGCUCGGGGCUGGGAUCUUCACCAUGUUCCUGGCCCUGGACACGCAGAUGCUGAUGGGGAACCGCCGGUACUCGCUGAGCCCCGAGGAAUACAUCUUUGGAGCCCUCAACAUCUACCUGGACAUCAUCUAUAUCUUCUCCUUCUUCCUGCAGUUCUUUGGCUCCAGCCAGGAGUGA